AUGUCUUCCGUUACACUUCGCUCAGCUCUGGAAACCACCCCAGUGGCAUACGGAUUCUGGUUGACCCUCCCCAGUGCCCCCGUUGCAAAGACAAUCCUCCGCCGCAGCCCCGAGUUCACAGAAGGCGGAUUCAGCUGGGUCCUAGUUGACGCCGAACAUGGAUUGAUUAACGACACCCACUAUUACGAGCUCACUAAUGCCGUCGGUCACGAGGGCGCUAGCCCUAUUAUUCGUGUGCCAUGGCCCGAAGAGUGGAUGAUCAAGCGUGCUCUUGAUGCUGGCGCUCAUGGAAUUAUGACUCCUAUGUGUCACUCUGCAGAGGACGCCGCCAAGGUCGUCAGCUACUGCAAGUACCCGCCUGUCGGAGUCCGUGGAUACGGACCCAUGUUCACGCCGCAUUCAUUCCCCGGUGUGAAGCCUUCUGAGUACGACGAGAAGACACACGGCGAAGUGCUGGUUAUUGUGCAGAUUGAGUCCCGGCCCGGUGUUGAGAAUGUAGAGGAGAUUGCUAAUGUCGAUGGACUUGAUGUUUUGUUUAUUGGUGAGAUUGGAUAUUUCUGUAUUGGGUUUGUGGGAUUUGCUAACGGCCUUUUUGUAGGACCCUUCGACCUUGCUAAGCAGAUGCGUGUCACCCGCGGGGGUGAAGAGCACGAGGCUGCUAUCCAGCGUGUUUUGGAUGCUGCUAGAUCUGCAGGAAAGAAGGCAGCUAUCUUCUGUUCCGAUGGUGAUGACGCUCUUCGCCGCACACAACAGGGCUUUGAUAUGGUUUCCAUCACUACUGAUGUUGCUGUCAUCGGUGACGGCAUGCUCAACCAGUUAGAGAAGGCCAAGGGCAGUUCUAACGUCCAAGGAAAGCGGGACGGUUAUUAA